AUGUAUGCAGCGCUACGCUGGGCCCAUCCUGAGGCUCAAUUAGUGGCUUGCCUCUUGGAGGCUGAGCUGGCUUUGACUACAGCUGCAAGGUUUGGUGCUUAGUGCUUUGGCUGCGUAUCUAGUCUGAGUUAGCAUGGCGCUGCAGCUCAGAUGAAAGGCAUGUGGUGCUGGGCUGCAUUAAUGGGCCUGGAACUGAGCUCUUCUCUAGCAGUGUUGGGUUUAACUGCUCUCAGGUUCCCCCUCGAAGGGCAGACUGUAUGGGAGCUAUAGCACUACUCUGUAGGGUAGGGGAGCUAUAGUACUCCACUGUAGGAUAAAACACUCAAACCACUUAAAUUGGACAGUUUUAUCUCCAUCUCUUCAUUCAAAGACUCAAUCAUGGACACUCUUACUGACAGUUGUGGUUGCUUCGCGUGAUGUAUUGUUGUCUCUACCUUCUUGCUCUUUGUGCUGUUGUCUGUGCCCAAUAAUGUUUGUACUAUGUUUUGUGCUGCUACCAUGUUGUGCUGCUGCCAUGUUGUGUUGCUACCAUGCUGUGUUGUCAUGUGUUGCUGCCAUGCUAGGUGGUUGUCUUAGGUCUCUUUAUGUAGUGUUGUGGUGUCUCUCUUGUCGUGAUGUGUGUUUUGUCCUAUAUUUUAUUUAUUUAUUUUUAAUCCCAGCCCCCAACACCGCAGGAGGUCUUUUGCCUUUUGAUAGGCCGUCAUUUUAAAUAAGAAUUUUUUCUUAACUGAUGGUUCUGAAAAUAAAAUGACCGUCAUAACCGUACAAAAAAUAUAUAUAAUUGUUUUUGUGUGUGUGGAAUGAACCGCUGACUGAAGACUGGAUGGCCAGGCAUUUGUGCUGUUGAAUCAGUUUCUACUGUAACAUGGACUCUACAACGUGAUGACAUUUUGUUACUCCUUGCUGAGACAAAAAAGGUGUUGUAGCAAACGAGUCUUCGGUUGCCUAGGCAACGUCCCCCUCCCUGCAGCAGCAGCACAUGCAGUCAGGAGCGGAGGACAGAAGAAAAUGUGAGUCUUAAAAAAAACUAAAAAGAUUAACGGUUAUAAUGGUGACCGCGGUCAUUUGGCUGACCAAUUACCGUCAUCCAAACUUGACCAGGACCUUUACAGCCCUACUCCGCUGUAGGAUAGGGGAGCCAUAGUACUGCUCUGUAGGGGACCUGUUCUCUCAGGGGAACAGCAGCACAGCACAGGGAACAGGGAGGGAUGUUAUGUUGCAGCUCUUAAAGCUCUUUUUUGAGGAAUGUCUCCUUUUUGAGUUCUGAGCUGUGUGUGUGUUAGCAUAUGGAACUCUUUGCUGUUUUCUCUUCCAAAUUCAGUUCUGGUUGAGUCAGAGAUGAGAAUAGCAACAGCAGCCUCCACACAUGAAAAAACACUGCUGCACUGCACUGGAAAUGUGCUCAUGUGUUGUUUUACGUGUGUGUCUGUGGGAUAAUGCAUAUCUUAAUCUUGUGUUUGCAUAUCCAGCCUUGUCUGUGUCCGUGAUUACAUACAGUACCAGUCAAAAGUUUGGACACACCUACUCAUUCAAAGGUUUAUCUUUAUUUAUUUUUAUAUUUUCUACAUUGUAGAAUAAUAGUGAAGACAUCAAAACUAUGAAAUAACACAUAUGGAAUCAUGUAGUAACCAAAAAAGUGAUAAACAAAUGAAAAUAUAUUUUAUAUUCUUCAAAUAGCCACCCUUUGCCUUGUUGACAGCUUUGCACACUCUUGGCAUUCUCUCAACCAGCUUCACCUGGAAUGCUUUUCCAACAGUCUUGAAGGAGUUCCCACAUAUGCUGUGUACUUGUUGGCUGCUUUUCCUUCACUCUGCGGUCCAACUCAUCCCAAACCAUCUCAAUUGGGUUGAGGUCAGGUGAUUGUGGAGGCCAGGUCAUCUGAUGCAGCACUCCAUCACUCUCCUUCUUGGUAAAAUAGCCCUUACACAGCCUGGAGGUGUGUUGGGUCAUUGUCCUGUUGAAAAACAAAUGACAGUCCCGCUAAGCCCAAACCAGAUGGGAUGGCGUAUCACUGCAGAAUGCUGUGGUAGCCAUGCUGGUUUAGUGUGCCUUGAAUUCUAAAUAAGUCACUGACAGUGUCACCAGCAAAGCACCCCCACACCAUAAUGCCUCCUCCUCCUCCAUGCUUUACGGUGGGAGAUACACAUGCGGAGAUCACCCGUUCACCCACACCGCGUCUCACAAAGACACGGCAGUUGGAAUCAAAAAUCUCUAAUUUGGACUCCAGACCAAAGGACACAUUUCCACCGGUCUAAUGUCCAUUGCUCGUGUUUCUUGGCCCAAGCAGGUCUCUUCUUCUUAUUGGUGUCCUUUUAGUAGUGGUUUCUUUGCAGCAAUUCGACCAUAAAUGCCUGACUCCCACAGUACCCUCUGAACAGUUGAUGUUGAGAUGUGUCUGUUACUUGAACUCUGUGAAGCAUUUAUUUGGGAUGCAAUUUCUGAGGCUGUUAACUCUAAUGAACUUCUCCUCUGCAGCAGAGGUAACUCUGGGUCUUCCAUUCCUGUGGUGGUCCUCAUGAGAGCCAGUUUCAUCAUAGCGCUUGAUGGUUUUUGCGACUGCACUUGAAGAAACUUUCAAAGUUCUUUUAAAUGUUCCGUAUUGAUUGACCUUCAUGUCUUAAAGUAAUGAUGGACUGUCGUUUCUCUUUGCUUAUUUGAGCUGUUCUUGCCAUAAUAUGGACUUGGUCUUUUACCAAAUAGGGCUAUCUUCUGUGUACCACCCCUACCUUGUCACAACACAACUGAUUGGCUCAAACGCAUUAAGAAGGAAAGAAAUUCCACAAAUUAACUUUUAACAAGGCACACCUGUAUAUUGAAAUGCAUUCCAGGUGACUACCUCGUGAAGUUGGUUGAGAGAAUGCCAAGAGUGUGCAAAGCUGUCAUCAAGGCAAAGGGUGGCUAUUUGAAGAAUCUCAAAUAUAAAAUAUAUUUUGAUUUGUUUAACACUUUUUUGGUUACUACAUGAUUCCAUAUGUGUUAUUUCAUAGUUUUGAUGUCUUCACUAUUAUUCUACAAUGUAAAAAUAAAGAAAAACCCUUGAAUGAGUAGGUGUGUAAACUUUUGACUUGUAGUGUAUGUCCAUUUGUACAUUCGUAUGAGUCUCACACCUCUCUCUCCGUCUCUGUCCCUCUCCAGUUGGGAGAAGCGUGUGGACCAGCGAGGCAGGUUCUAUUAUGUGGACCACAACACCAGAACCACCACAUGGCAGCGGCCCACGGAAGAAUCAGUCCGGAACUAUGAGCAGUGGCAGUCCCAGCGAAGCCAGCUCCAGGGGGCCAUGCACCAGUUCAGCCAGAGGUUCCUCUACCAGGUAACUCAAACUCAACAUGAAAUACUGUACUGUCUGUACUUCCUCUUUAGUCCCUUUAGGUGUGGCCCUCUGAAAGCUUCCCCUAAGCAGAGCAUUCUGAGUAAAACACAACGGUACAGAAGGGCAUUCGUUAAGAUAAAAAUAAUAAAGCAUUCUGAAUAUGAAAUGGGCGUUCCAUGGUACAGACCAUUACUGAAAUGAGCCUCAACUGUCAUUGGGUUCUAUUAAAACCUGCCUGCUCCCACCCAGGCUGCUCGACAAGCACAAUUCUGAGUGUCUUUCAAAAUAACAUCCACCUCCUUGUGGAUUCUGAGUAACAAUGGAUCUCUGAGAACUAGAUAGCAUGUCUGCUUUUGAUCAGUGUUUCCGCUGCAUUCAUUUAGCUGUGGCGCUAUGAUGUUAACGUAAAAAAAAAAAAAAAAUUACAUUGUUUUUCAACCGGACAUCAGUAAAGUUUUUCGUUAUGCACAUUCCCUUUUCCUCAGUAAAUAGACCUUUCUUGGUACAACAUCUAAAGAUUAUUGAGCUCUUUGUGCCACUGUGGCAGCCAAACCUGCCUUCGUGCGAAACACAGUGCACCGUCCUCGACACAGCGCACUAGUCACUGGAGAGACCCAGAGAGCCAGCAUGCAAGUCACUGGUACGGAAUAAAUAUCUGGAACUUCAUAAUUCCUGUUCCUCAGACCUCACCCCUCACCUAGUUAAGUCUCACACUUCCUCCUCAACCCUCACUCCUCCCCUAGUCAAGUAUCAUCCAGUGGCUUAGCGCAGUUUCGCCAGGCCCCUCUCAAGGUCCGAGCAAAGCCCUCCCCUCCCAAUAUUAUAUACUUUUAAAAAUAAUAAUCUUUAGGGGGUAGAUCAUCUUUAAUAUUGCAGAUAGAUUGUGGCUUCAAUGUAAUUGUCUGCAUAAUUUCCAAUCCCCCAUGUAUUCUUUGGGUAAAUAUACACUACCGGUCAAAGGUUAUAGAACACUUACUCAUUCAAGGGUUUUUCUUUAUUUUUUUACUAUUUUCUACAUUGUAGAAUAAUAGUGAAGACAUCAAAACUAUGAAAUAACACAUGGAAUCAUGUAGUAACCCAAAAAGUGUUAAACAAAUCAAAAUAUAUUUUAUAUUUUAGAUUCUUCAAAUAGCCACCCUUUGCCUUGAUGACAGCUUUGCACACUCUUGGUGUCCUUUAGUAGUGGUUUCUUUGCAGCAAUUCGACCAUGAAGGCCUGAUUCACACAGUCUCCUCUGAACAGUUGAUGUUGAGAUGUGUCUGUUACUUGAACUCUGAAUCAUUUAUUUGGGCUGCAAUUUCUGAGGCUGGUAACUCUAAUGAACGUAUCCUCUGCAGCAGAGGUAACUCUGGGUCUUCCAUUCCUGUGGUGGUCCUCAUGAGAGCCAGUUUCAUCAUAGCGCUUGAUGGUUUUUACGACUGCACUUGAAGAAACUUUCAAAGUUCUUGAAAUGUUCCAUAUUGACUGACCUUCAUGUCUUAAAGUAAUGAUGGACUGUUGUUUUUCUUUGCUUACAGUGGCUUGCGAAAGUAUUCACCCCCCUUGGCAUUUUUCAUAUUUUGUUGCCUUACAACCUGGAAUUAGAAUUGAUUUUUUGGGGGUUUGUAUCAUUUGAUUUACACAACAUGCCUACCACUUUGAAGAUGCAAAAUAUUUUUUAUUGUGAAACAAACAAGAAAUAAGACAAAAAAACAGAAAACUUGAGCGUGCAUAACUAUUCACCCCCCCAAAGUCAAUACUUUGUAGAGCCACCUUUUGCAGCAAUUACAGCUGCAAGUCUCUUGGGUUAUGUCUCUAUAAGCUUGGCACAUCUAGCCACAGGGAUCUUUGCCCAUUCUUCAAGGCAAAACUGCUCCAGCUCCUUCAAGUUGGAUGUGUUCCGCUGGUGUACAGCAAUCUUUAAGUCAUACCACAGAUUCUCAAUUGGAUUGAGGUCUGGACUUUGACUAGGCCAUUCCAAGACAUUUAAAUGUUUCCCCUUAAACCACUCGAGUGUUGCUUUAGCGGUAUGCUUAGGGUCAUUGUCCUGCUGGAAGGGGAACCUCCUCCCCAGUCUCAAAUCUCUGGAAGACUGAAACAGGUUUCCCUCAAGAAUGUCCCUGUAUUUAGCGCCAUCCAUCAUUCCUUCAAUUCUGACCAGUUUCCCAGUCCCUACCAAUGAAAAACAUCCCCACAGCAUGAUGCUGCCACCACCAUGCUUCACUGUGUGGAUGGUGUUCUCGGGGUGAUGAGAGGUGUUCUCGGGGUGAUGAGAUUCCUUUUGGUGAACACCAAACGUGUCUGCUUAUUUUUUUCUUUAAGCAAUGGCUUUUUUCUGGCCUCUCUUCCGUAAAGCCCAGCUCUGGGGAGUGUACGGCUUAAAGUGGUCCUGUGGACAGAUACUCCAAUCUCCGCUGUGGAGCUUUGCAGAUCCUUCAGGGUUAUCUUUGGUCUCUCUGUUGCCUCUCUGAAUAAUGCCCUCCUUGCCUGGUCUGUGAGUUUUGGUGGGCGGGCCUCUCUUGGUAGGUUUGUUGUGGUGCCAUAUUCUUUCCAUUUUUUUAAAUAAUGGAUUUAAUGGUGCUCUGUGGGAUGUUCAAAGUUUCGGAUAAUUUUUUAUAACCCAACCCUGAUCUGUACUUCUCCACAACUUUGUCCCUGACCUGUUUGGAGAGCUCCUUGGUCUUUGUGGUGCCGCUUGCUUGGUGGUGCCCCUUGCUUAGUGGUGUUGCAGUCUCUGGGGCCUUUCAGAACAGGUGUAUGUAUACUGAGAUCAUGUGACAGAUCAUGUGACACUUAGAUUGCACACAGGUGGACUUUAUUUAACUAAUUAUGUGACUUUGGAAGGUAAUUGGUUGCAACAGAUCUUAUUUAGGGGCUUCAUAGCAAAGGGGGUGAAUACAUAUGCACGCACCACUUUUCCGUUAUUUAUUUUCUUCAUUUCACUUAACCAAUUUCGACUAUUUUGUGUAUGUCCAUUUUAAAAUCCAAAUAAAAAUCAAUUUAAAUUACAGGUUGUAAUGCAACAAAAUAGGAAAAACGCCAAGGGGGAUGAAUACUUUUGCAAGGCACUGUAUUUGAGCUGUUCUUGGCAUAAAUUGGACUUGGUCUUUUACCAAAUAGGGCUAUCUUCUGUAUACCAACCCUACCUUGUCACAACACAACUGAUUGGCGCAAACGCAUUAAGAAGGAAAGAAAUUCCGCAAAUUAACUUUUUAAAAAGGCACACCUGUUAAUUGAAUGCAUUCCAGGUGACUACCUCAUGAAGCUGGUUGAGAGAAUGCCAAGAGUGUGCAAAGCUGUCAUCAAGGCAAAUGGUGGCUAUUUGAAGAUUCUCAAAUACACUUUUUAAGGACUUUCAGCUCCCUCCAAAGAUUUUCUAUUGGGUUCAGGUCUGGAGACUGGCUAGGCCACUCCAGGACCUUGAGAUGCUUCUUACGGAGCCACUCCUUAGUUGCCCUGGCUGUGUGUUUCGGGUCGUUGUCAUGCUGGAAGACCCUUACUGAGGGAAGGAGGUUGUUGGCAAAGAUCUCGCGAUACAUGGCCCCAUCCAUCCUCCCCUCAAUACGGUGCAGUCGUCCUGUCCCCUUUGCAGAAAAGCAUCCCCAAAUAAUUAUGUUUCCACCUCCAUGCUUCACGGUUGGGAUGGUGUUCUUGGGGUUGUACUCAUCCUUCUUCUUCCUCCAAACACGGCGAGUGGAGUUUAGACCAAAAAGCUAUAUUUUUGUCUCAUCAGACCACAUGACCUUCUCCCAUUCCUCCUCUGGAUCAUCCAGAUGGUCAUUGGCAAACUUCAGAUGGGCCUGGACAUGCGCUGGCUUGAGCAGGGGGACCUUGCUUGAGCAGGGGGACCUUGCGUGCGCUGCAGGAUUUUAAUCCAUGACGGCGUAGUGUGUUACUAAUGGUUUUCUUUGAGACUGUGGUCCCAGCUCUCUUCAGGUCAUUGACCAGGUCCUGCCGUGUAGUUCUGGGCUGAUCCCUCACCUUCCUCAUGAUCAUUGAUGCCCCACGAGGUGAGAUCUUGCAUGGAGCCCCAGACCGAGGGUGAUUGACCGUCAUCUUGAACUUCUUCCAUUUUCUAAUAAUUGUGCCAACAGUUGUUGCCUUCUCACCAAGCUGCUUGCCUAUUGUCCUGUAGCCCAUCCCAGCCUUGUGCAGGUCUACAAUUUUAUCCCUGAUGUCCUUACACAGCUCUCUGGUCUUGGCCAUUGUGGAGAGGUUGGAGUCUGUUUGAUUGAGUGUGUGGACAGGUGUCUUUUAUACAGGUAACAAGUUCAAACAGGUGCAGUUAAUACAGAUAAUGAGUGGAGAACAGGAGGGCUUCUUAAAGAAAAACUAACAGGUCUGUGAGAGCCGGAAUUCUUACUGGUUGGUAGGUGAUCAAAUACUUAUGUCAUGCAAUAAAAUGCAAAUUAAUUACUUAAAAAUCAUACAAUGUGAUUUUCUGGAUUUUUGUUUUAGAUUCCGUCUCUCACAGUUGAAGUGUACCUAUGAUAAAAAUUGCAGACCUCUACAUGCUUUGUAAGUAGGAAAACCUGCAAAAUCAGCAGUGUAUCAAAUACUUGUUCUCCCCACUGUAUUUUUAUAUAUAUAUAUAUAUUUAUAGUACCGUUCCAAAGUUUGGGGUCACUUAGAAAUGUCAUUUUUUUCGAAAAGAAAAGCAAUUUUUUUGUGCAUUAAAAUAACAUGAAAUUGAUCAGAAAUACAGGGUAGACAUUGUUAAUGUUGUAAAUGGCUAUAGUAGCUGGAAACGGCUGAUUUUGAAUGGAAUAUCUACAUAGGCGUACAGAGGCCCAUUAUCAGCAACCAUCAGUCCUGUGUUAAAAUGGCACGUUGUGUUUGCUAAUCCAAGUUUAUCAUUUUAAAAGGCUAAUUGAUCAUUAGAAAACCCUUUUGCAAUUAUGUUAGCACAGCAGAAAACUGUUGUGCUGAUUAAAGAAUCAAUAAAACUGGCCUUCUUGAGACUAGUUGAGUAUCUGGAGCAUCAGCAAUUGUGGGUUCGAUUAGAGGCUCAAAAUGGCCAGAAACAAAUAACUUUCUUCUGAAACUCGUCAGUCUAUUCUUGUUCUGAGAAAUGAAGGCUAUUCCAUGCGAGAAAUUGCCAAGAAACUGAAGAUCUCAUACAGCCACCCAAGUCAUAGACUGUUCUCUCUGCUACCACACGGUAAGUUGUACCGAUGCGCCAAGUCUGGAGCCAACAGGACCCGGAACCGUUUCUACCCCUAAGCCAUAAGACUGCUAAAUAGUUAACCAAAUAGCUACCCGACUAUCUGCAUUGACCCCCCUUUGCACCAACUCCUUUGACUCGUCACAUACGAUACUGCUUAUUAUCUAUCCUGUUGCCCAGUCACUCAAUUACCUCGUACCCCUGCACAUCGACUCGGUACUGGUACCCUGUCUAUAUAGCCAAGUUAUCGUUACUCGUGUAUUUAUUCCUUGUGUUAUUAUCUUUCUAGCUUAUGUAAGCAUUUCACUGACGCAUGUGACAAAUAAAAUGUAAUUUGAUUUUGAGAUGAGACUGAGAGAAAAUUAAGGUAAUUUACCGUAAUUCUAAACAUUUUGCCAUGCUUAUGACAUGUUCAUAUGCUAUCUGGGGGCCACCCGAGCUUUAGGGAGCCCCCAACCCUCGGUAGAGUGUUAGGCACCCCCCCCCCCCCCCCCCCCCGCUACUACAAUUUCUAGAGCAAACACUGCUGCUGAUAGUCGGGUUCUGUUAUGGAAUGCCGCCUCUGUUGAUAGUUUGGUUAUUUUUAGGCCGGUGUGAAAGUGAGUGGAGCUGGGGGAAGUGACAUACACCACCCUUCUGGCCUGUGGGUUGACUCCAACCUUACAGCUGUGUGAGCACACAUGCUUGCACGCCUGCACACACACACACACAGUUUUGUUUUACACAAGGAUAGUUAAACAAAAACACACACACACAAUUGUGACACAACACACAAUACACCCCAAGGCAUACAGUGCCUUCAGAAAGUUGUUCUGUUACAGCCUGAAUUUAAAAUGGAUUAAAUAGAUAUUGUGUUACUGGCCUACACAUAAUACCCCAUCAUUUCAAAGUGGAAUUAUGUUUUAAAAAAUGUUUACAAAUUAAUUAAAAAUGAAAAGCUGCAAUGUCUUUAGUCAAUACAAAUGUGCGUAACAAGUCAAAUAGUUGCUUACCAAGACGACAUUGAAUGUUCCUGAGUGGCCUAAUUACAGUUUUGACUUAAAUCAACUUGAAAAGAUCUAUGGCAAGACUUGAAAAUGGCUGUCUAGCAAUGAUCAACAACCAGCUUAAAGAAUUUUAAAUGGAAUAAUGUGCAAAUAUUGUAGAAUCCAGGUGUGCAAAUCUCUUAGACAUUUACCCAGAAAGACUCACAGCUGUAAUCCCUGCCAAAGGUGAUUCUAACAUGUAUACAUGUAUUCUAACGUGAAUACUUAUGUUAAUUAGAUAUUUGUGUAUUUCAUUUCCAAUAAAUUAGCUACAAUUUCUAAAAACAUGUUUUCACUUUGUCAUUAUGGGGUAUUGUGUGUAGUUGGGUGAGAUAAGUAAUCUAUUUAAUUCAUUUUGAAUUCAGGCUGUAACACAACAAAUUGUGGAAUAGGUCAAGGGGUAUGAAUACUUUCUGAAGGCACUGUAGAUUAAGUAACACAUACACACAGUGGGGUUUUGUGUGUGUGUGUGUGUGCCUGUACGCAUUUGGCCAGUAAUUGCAGCUUAUUAGGAACUCCUGAGAGAGCAGUCUCGGAGUCAUUAACUGCUGUUUCCGGCUCCUUCUCCCAAAUCCCCCCUUUUCUACCUCCUGCUUCUUAUUCGCACUGUCCAUUCUCACUAACAGAAGGACACAUACAGUAACAUCACUGGAACUGGACCAUUGUCUCAAUACUUGACUACCUACUUAAGACAUCCAUGUACACCUUUCUAAGAUACCUCAUUGUUAUACAACCUGGUUAAAGCAAAGUUUAGUAUUUUAGUCACUGUAUAUUAUUAGGAGUCCUCCUAUCACUCCAAUUGUUUCGCACCAUUUGGGUGAACUAUCUUUUAAAAGCGCUAACAUUAGUUACUAAAUCAGAGAGACACUACAAUGUAUGCCAGUGUGUGCAAUGUAGGUCUGUGACUUUUCCCACUCAGCCAUCAGUGUUCAGACUAACUGGCCUUUUAUGUAAUUCUCUGAUCUUGAAGUAGGAUAGGAGUCUGUUGCUAUUUACGUACAUUUAUCACAAAUAAUAUCUCAUCUCAAAUCACCUACUUACCACUCAAUCGCCAUAUUUUGUAUUUUAGCACUUUCCCUUUUAUUAUUAUACCACUUUCUUACCCACCCGCUCUUGUUUUCCCUGUCAUUUCCUGUUUCUUUCUCUCUCUCUCUCACUCUCUAGCUCUCUCUAUCCCUAUUGGAACUGGUUAGGAACGGAAUUGUCAGGGCAUAGGAGAUAAUAUAAUUUCUUUAUUUCAUUUAUCUUUUGUCUUAUUUUUUUGUCACUGAAACACAGAAGGGUGGUCUCAUACAUAUAUUGGCUGUUGAUCGAGUGACACACACACAUUCCGCUUUAACCCCAUAUGCCUCCUUUUCCUCCUUUGCACUCUUUACCAUCUUAUUCCUUCAGUUCUUCUCAAAGUUUCCAUGAUGAAUUCUAGGGCUGUGAUGUUACCACUAAAAAAAUUUAAAACAUGAAGCAGACCAAACUCGUUGGUCCUUUAAAAACCUACUGAAUGUAAAAUAUUGUGUGCUAUAGCUUGAAAAAUAAAUAAAUGUGACUCUGGAUGACAACAUAACAGAGUAUGUGAGCGGAGUUGAGUGGUCGGAAAUCCCAGUCAUGGCUCACGGAGUGGUGCGGGGGGAAAAAACCUGCCGCUCCAAAUUCACUCCAUUCAUUAAAAUCACCAUUUAACCAACACCCAUCUAUUUUUGUGACUACCUGGACCUACCAUUUGGUAUUGAAACCAAGCCAUAUGAUUUGAAUGAAAAGUAUUUUAAUAAACAAAAUGGCAAGGUGACUGUAAGAAGCGCUCAUGAUUUCAAAUAGGCUACAUGUCGUAUUGAACAACAUAUGACAACUAAAUAGAUCAGGAGAAGGAACGAAAACAAAUUAUUUAGGUUAUAUUAAGAAGGAACGGAAAUGUAUUAUUUAGACUGUUAUUAGCCUAUUAUUUCAAGGUUAUAGCAUACAAAUACAUUGUGAAGCAUUUGCGAGUGUGACACACUAGGCUGGUAGGAACAUUAAGCACUCAGCAUUUAAACAACAUCUCUUUGUAUUAAAUCAUUAUAGUCUAUACAUUGUGCAUACUUACUUAGAAUUAAAUAAAAGUAACCCCUAAAUAAAAAUGAAAUGAAAAAUGCAUUAUUAGGCAACAGUGCCUUUGGCCAAACUUGUGUUUCUAAAAGUGAAUUCAGAGUCUGGCUUCAGGCUCAUGCGAUGGUGCCUGAAGAGCAGGCCAGCAGCAGAGAAUACCCUCUAAACGCUUGCAGAGCCACUGGGGAUGCUAAACACCCUUUGGGCCACUCUUGCCAGGCUGGGCAGGGAUGCAGUUUUAUAUAUUUUUUUAUAUAUAUAUUUAUAUAUUUUUAUAUAUAUAUAUAUAUAUAUAUAUAUAUAUAUAUAUAUAUAUAUAUAUAUAUAUAUAUAUUAGGCAAAAUAACCCUAUCAAAACAGAAAGCUCCUUGAAAGAGGUAAAAUGUCAGGCCUAUUGGGCCAAAAUCAAUGAUAGCCUAUUGUAUAGAUAAUAGAAUGAAAAUGAACUAAACUUUUAAGAGAUCAGUUUUUUUGUUUAUAAAUACUUUGCUACAAUGACACACUUAGCUAGCUACCUACCUCUUUCCUUUAUGUUAGCAUGUGCACGUAGUACACCAUCAUGCUUUUGGGAUACGUGUCUUUUCAGAUUCUACAAUGAUUCUUUAGUUGUGGACACUCCCUCUCUUACUCCUGGUCCUCCUCUUCUUUGUAAGUCACCUUGAUUUUGCACCUGUGUUUUAUCAGUUUCUUUAUGAAAAUAUUGAGCGAACUCCAUGACAGUAGCUAAAGCAAGAGCCUAUAGCAGCACUAGUGCUGAGCGAUUAACCGGUUUUUAAGCAACAAAUUGACUGACGUUGAAUUCCAUUUCGCAUUGUGAGCUCUCUAGCGAUAGAUCAAUCAGAUCUAGCCUGAACUGUGCAAUGUAUUAGGUACAGUGCAUUCAGAAAGUAUUCAGUCCCCUUGACUUUUUCCACAUUUUGUUACAUUACAGCCUUAUUCUAAAAUGGAUUAAUAAAAAAAAUCUCAUUAAUCUACACACAAUACCCCAUAAUGACAAAGCAAAAGCAGGUUUUUAGAUUUUUUUGCAAAUGUAUUCAAAAUAAAAACAUCACAUUUACAUAACUAUUCAUACCCUUUAAUCAGUACUUUGUUGAAGCACCUUUGGCAGCAAUUACAGCCUCAAGUCUUCUUGGGUAUGACGCUACAAGCUUGGCACACCUGUAUUUGGGGAGUUUCUCCCAUUCUUCUCUGCAGAUCCUCUCAAGCUCUGUCAGGUUGGAUGGGGAGCGUCGCUGCUCAGCUUUUUUCAGGUCUCUCCAGAGAUGUUAGAUCGGGUUCAAGUCCGGGUUCUGGCUGGGCAACUCAAGGACAUUCCGAGACUUGUCCCGAAGCCACUCCUGCGUUGUCUUGGUUGUGUGCUUAGGGUCGUUGUCCUGUUGGAAGGUGAACCUUCACCCCAGUCUGAGGUCCUGAUCGCUCUGGAGCAGGUUUUCAUCAAGGAUCUCUCUGUACUUUGCUUCGUUCAUCUUUCCAUCAUCCUGACUAGUCUCCCAGUCCCUGCCGCAACAAAAAUAUCCCCACAGCAUGAUGCUGCUACCACCAUGCUUCGCCGUAGGGAUGGUGCCAGGUUUCCUCCAGACGUGACGCCUGGCAUUCAGACCAACGAGUUCUAUCUUGGUUUCAUCAGACCAGAGAAUCUUGUUUCUCAUGGUCUUAGAGUCUUUAGAUGCCUUUUGGCAAACUCCAGGCAGGCUGUCAUGUGCCUUUUACUGAGGAGUGGCUUCCGUCUGGCCACUCUACCAUAAAGGCCUGAUUGGUGGAGUGCUGCAGAGAUGGUUGUCCUUCUGGAAGGUUAUACCAUCUCCACAGACAAACUCUGGAGCUCUGUCAGAGUGACCAUCGGGUUCUUGGUCACCUCCCUGACCAAGGCCCUUCUCCCCUGAUUACUCAGUUUGGCCGGGCGGCCAGCUCUAGGAAGAGUCUUGGUGGUUCCAAACUUCUUCCAUUUAAGAAUGAUUGAGGCCACUGUGUUCUUGGGGACCUUCAAUGCUGCAGACAUUUUUUGGUACCCUUCUCCAGAUCUGUGCCUCGACACAAUCCUGUCUCGGAGCUCUACAGACAAUUCCUUCGACCUCAUGGCUUGGUGUUUGCUCUGACAUGCACUGUCAGCUGUGGGACCUUAUAUAGACAUGUGUGUGCCUUUCCAAAUCAUGUCCAAUCAAUUGAAUUUACCACAGGUGGAGUCCAAUCAAGUUGUAGAAACAUCUCAAGGAUGAUCAAUGGAAACAGGAUGCACCUGAGCUCAAUUUCGAGUCUCAUAGCAAAGGGUCUGAAUACUUUUUAUAAUUUAUAAAUUUGUAAAAAUGUCUAAAAACCUGUUUUCACUUUGUCAUUAUGGGAUAUUGUGUGUAGAUUGAUGAUAUAUAUAUAUAUAUUUUUUUAAUCCAUUUUAGAAUAAGGCUGUAACGUAACAAAAUGUGGAAAAAGGGAAGGGGCCUGAAUACUUUCUGAAUGCACUGUAGUUGUAGUUACCAGCAGGCCAAUAUUCUACAUAGUUUAGCGUAUAAAACAUGGUAAUUAACUACAAUGACCAUAGUCCAUUGCGCAUCUACUUCUCCGGUGUUUAUUUUUUAUGCCUGCUACAGAAGAGGCAGAAGAAUGCGCGAUCUUGAGGGGAUAUAGAGAGCAGCUGUUUCUUUGCUAGGUAUCUGCUUGAAAAUACAUUAUCUAAGUGAUUGAUAGUUGGUAUUCAAUAGUCAUAAAAGUAUAUAUGCCAUAUUUACUUUGAAGAACUACAAAAUAGUGAUUUUGUCAGAAAGCAUAGGCAGCAGCUUUAUAGAGAUGAGAUGUUGACAUGGAAUUAAAUAAUAAAGUAAUCAAAUACAACAAAUGUAAUAUACACAACAACUGAAAUAUUUUAUUAAAGUAGUGUGAAUAAAUGGUUAAUAAUUGAUAAGCAGUAAUGGGCAGUCACUACCAUCAUGGGACUUGUAUUAAUUGUUUUAUUGUGUGUUGCAGCAUUCAACUCAAAUAAUUGAAACCAAAAUCGCAAAAAAAAACAAUUUAAUCUAAAAAAAUAACCGAACCGACUUCAAAAAGCACUAAUCGCUCAGCACUAAGCACCACACAGGUAGACUACAAAUGCAUGCUGGUCUGGGCAUGCCCUGAGCUCGUGAAGUGAGCAGUACUGGAGUGAUAUUGGAGCGGGCGAGAAGGCCAACGCUCCAGCCUUUGGGAAACUCGCUCAGCACUCCAAUCAAAUUGGGCAUGCUCCGCUCCUCGUUCCGCAUCCAUUCCGCAUCAUCCGUUCCAACAUUAGUGCUGUUUUCCUAAAGAAGUUACAUUCGCUUCAUGUUUUGUUUCCUUGCCAUGAUACUAACGAGUAUCGCGAAACUGGUAUCGUCCCGGCCCUAAUUAACUCUCAUAAACGGGCACAGUAUGAAUAUUCUGGGGAGCUACUGGUUGUGUGUUCAGGGACACAUGGGCUGCUGUAAGGACAAUUUUGUUUCAUUAUAGGAAGAAAUGGAAUACCUUCUGAGGUAAGGAGAAUGGAUUAAUUAGAUUUGCUCUGGAAUUUUUCAUCCACAGCCACAACUUUCAUACUCAGUCAUGAAACCAACAGUAUGGGCACUAACUCCUCAAAAGCAUCUUAAACGUUACAUUUCCACUUGGAGGCAAAUGUACACACACCUACACACCUACACACACAAACACAAACACGUAUUCAAACACAAGCUCAUACACAUUCAAUGACUAUUUUCUAUACACAUUUUCCGUACAGUGCCACACACACACACACACACACGCUCUCUCUCUUUCUCUCUGUAUGCACAGGCUGAAUAAACCACACUGGUUCCAGGGCAGGGUGAAUAAAGGUGCUUUUGUCAGGAGGGGGUGGGCAGUCUGGAAAAGGGAUGAAUGUUCCCUCAGUUGGCUCAGACAUCGCGCCUGCCUGCUUACUUUCACAGCACAUCUAGAAGAGGAGGACCUCUGCAGAUGGGUGGGGUAGGGAGGGGUGCCAGGGGGGCAGGAGACAGGGUGGGGCUUGAAGCCAGCCAGUGAUCUCAUUGGAACAGCAUGUUUUUUCUGUCCUGAGUGUGUAGUUUUUGGAAGGCAUACGAGCUGCGUCUGAGCCUCUCUGUCAGUCUCCUGUUCCAGCUGCACGAGAGAGGCCACCUUAGCCUUCUGGGAUACCCCUUAGCACCCCUCUGCUCGCUCCUGCUCCACCAGACUCAGGGUGUUAAACUGUGUGGUUUCUGUGGCAUUUUGAGGCAUUUGCUGCGUUCUUCCUUUUCCCCCCCUGUAUGUUUAGUUUUCUGAGUUUUUUUCUACCUCACACCAGUGUGAGAACUGAGUUGGGAGCUGUGUGGACGGACAGAAGAAUUUCACACAGAGCCGCUGCCGUGAAGCGAGUGUGAGAAGAAGACAAAGGUGGAGGAAGGAGGUGGAAAGUGUCCUAACUGGAAACGUAUUCUCUCUCUCUCUCUCCCUCAGUCGUCUGGCGUUCCAGCUGUGGAAAAUGACCCUCUCGGUGCGCUCCCUCCAGGAUGGGGUAAGUGUUCCCUACACAUACACCUAUCACUUCUCGCCACACUAAGACUAGUAAUAAUCAGUGGCCCCCAAUGGUCCCAGGACCUGUGACCAGUGAGAUGAGUAAAUGGAGAUGCUUCUGGGUCCAGUGAUGCUGAAGAGUGGCAUUGGCUACAUCGACACCUGCACUGGUUGUUAUGAGAGUGGGUUCUGAUAACAUGUAUGCAUUUCAAGGGCACAGGACUUUGUUUUUGUGUUGAGGGGGGAGAGUUGGUUUGUGUGUCUUUCUCACACAUACACACUCACACAGAUACACACCACUGUGGGCUCACAUCUGUUGUUUGGUGUCUUGUAUACAUUGUGAUAUAUAGCCUUGUCCUUAAUCAAAGAAGCUCAUACUGAAGAUCCCUUUAUUCUUACAGCCAAACUCAUCUUACCAUUUAGUUAUUGGUCAAAAAGUAUGAUUUGAUUGAAUUGUUGUUAGGGAUUUUGGUCUUUUCCCUGAUAUUUUUGAUUAGUUGUUGGUUCAAGUGUAAUCUCAAGGAAUUGGUUGUUAUAUUUGUGUGGCCGUAUUGUGCUCUACUCAUAUAUUCCUAGGCGCUCUGCUCUCAUGCAUUCAUAUAUUCAUUAAUAUUCUCAAAAGCGCAUAUUCUACCAACAUUCCCACCCACACAAUUAUACAGUGUAUACACACACACUCCAUCACUCAGAAGUAAUGGUCAUUGGCAUUUUUCUCUCCACCUCACAUUUUCACAUACUUACAUUCGCACUCACCCAUGCACACUCAUAUUUUCUAACCAUGAUUAUUUUUCAACAUGUUGCGGCAUCCCAAGCAAAAGCCUCAAUUAUACAUUGCUUUAAUUUUGAUGAAUUUCCUUUCAUGUAUUUCUGUGUCAUCUGUGGUUGCCCUCUUUCUUUGGGGCGUAAAAGAGGGAGAGAAGAGAGGGUGGAUUGAAAGAAACUCUUUACAGGAAAUAGAAAGGAGAGAAAGACUUGACCAAGCGCGGGAACAGUCAAAAAAGGAGGGGUGGUGGAAUAGAGGGGGGAAAGUGAAGGAGAGGGGGAAAAUUAGCAGGCUAGUAAGAGUUGCAACAUGAGCGCUACUGUUCCUGUGCCUUCCACACACAUCUGCUAAUGAGAACAAGAUGUCAGAGAGAGAGUGGUGGGGGUGGAGAGAGAGAAGGGGGCGGAGGGGGCCCCAACUAUGGUCACGAAAUCAGUGGGUCAGGACUAAAGCAACACAGAGAUGCACAAACUUGAACAUAUCAACGCACACAACACACAUUCUUGGUGGAGGAAGUUGACAUGGUUGCCAUGUCAUUAUCUUCCAUGUAGUCAUUGUAGGACUCCGACUGCUAGAAAUAUAAAAUAGUCAGCAAAUUGUCCUUUUCCGGCUCUCCCUCAAAGUUACGUUUUUGCUCUUUACACCUCUGUAACAUUCUACGUCUGAGUCCGCCCCCAUCUUUCUCCAACACCGUGUCCUCCAGAGCCAAGUCAGAAAGGCUGAGGUGGAUUGUAGAAAGUUAUUUUGGAACAAGCAUGAGUGAAAUGCAACACAGACGCGUCAGUUUUCAGUCAGCUUUGCGAGAUUUAGCCAUACCUUUUUCUCUUUCCUCUUCUUCUCACUCACAACAAUUCACUGUAUACUACGGUUGACAUUCACAUCUCCACACACAUUCACUUUGUACUGAAACAAAAUAGUCAACUGUUGAUCUCUCCUGUUAUUAACUGUAGUCACUUCUCUUGGUCCCUGUAGAGAAACGGCAGGACAAUGGGAGGGUGUAUUUUGUCAACCACAACACACGGACCACACAGUGGGAGGAUCCAAGAACCCAAGGGUAAGCCAAUCUGUCUUUGCUCCACUGUGAAAGUGUGCGUUUGUUAAUUGUGUGUGGGUGUGUGUGUGUGUUUGUGUGUGUGUGUGUGUGUGUGUGUGUUCAUGUUUGUACACACAGGUGUCUCAGAGAAAUGCCACCAUACAUUGCUCCCAUAUUUUCACUGAUAUUAUAUUAACUAGUGUAGGAUAGGGACUGGUAGCUCGAGGGCCCAACGCUAUGCAGCACACUCAUCAGACAUCCUUAUAAUUAUAUUAAUUAAUCAUGUAGAGUCAUAGACAUAAUCUACCAGUAAUUGAGAUCCAUAUUUUGAAAUCAUUCUGCACAGGUCAAUAGGGCGGUGUCCUAUGUCACCUGAAUUGAAGGCUGUGUCAACGUGUCUCUGAGCCGUGAGGGUGGGGUUUAGAUUAGUAUUGUAAGCUAUUGGUCAAGGAGGGGCCUAUGGAACUAGUGUGGGUGGUACUGCUGUCCCCUCACAUCAAAUCGAACAACAAAACGACAUCAAUAGUGGAUGGCCGAAUUAUCCAGAUUGUAUUAUUGUGGGUUUUAGGACAUUUGACAGUGUCAUAGCAUUUUAUUCAUUCAUCAAUUAGUUAAUUCACUCCCUCAUUCAUAAAUUAGUUCAUUCACUCCCUCAUUCACCACCUCAGUAAAGUUGAGUUACAUUUUCCCUCAUAUUUAUAUUUUCAUGUUGUAUAACUACAUCCAUGUGGUCUCAGAAGCAUCACCGCUGUGGCCAGAGGUUCUGAAUCCCGGUCAGGGAGAGCUGCUAGUGGGACGGGGCAAGGGCCAGAGCCAGGGCUGGGGCCAGGGGGGACAGAUGUGCAUAGUUUGGGGAGCCUCCCGUUUAGGCUCUGCUCACUGCCCUCUCCCUCUUACAGGAUGAUCCAGGAGCCCCCCCUGCCCCCUGGCUGGGAAAUGAAGUACACCGCGGAGGGAGUCCGAUAUUUUGUGGAUCACAACUCUCGCACCACCAGCUUUAAAGACCCUCGUCCCGGGUUUGAGUCAGGGUAAAUAUUAUUCUGCAGACCCGUUUUUGAGAAGGGGUAGUUACAGUUUCUGAUCAAAUCUACUGAUAAAAGCACCGUACGGCUCUUUUCUGUCAGGGAUGAUGUAUGCAGGGAUUCUCACAUCAUAGCCGGCUUUUGUUUGGAUUUCUUUCCUUUUCCCCUUUUUCCCCUGUUUCUUUGAACCAGAGGGAAUUUACGUUGACUAUCUUUAGGGCAUAGAUAGCUAGCCUAGAUAUGAGGAAGGGGAUUAUAUGUACGUACACACAUAUACAUGCAUGUAAACAUAAGCAUAUGUGUCUUGCCUUGAAUCAUGGCCUUAUUUUGAAAUCUUCCAAAAAAAUAAAGUCAAAAAAAAUAAACAGAUGUGGGCCAACAAAUCAAGUCCAAAGCAGACUGCUCUGCUGUCUGAGUCUGUCUGUGUGUACGUAUGGAUGUGUGUGUAUGAGAGAGAGCAAGUGUUCAUGCUGAUGUUGAAACAUAUGAAGGUCUUGGUGUUAUAUUUUUAGAUGAGUGUUCAUAGAGGGUUUUUAAACUGUCUUAAAUGUUUUACAUAUGAUACUGCUGCAGUCCAUAUCUGUAGCCAAAGGGUUGCCUCUGUGGUCUGAAACGUCCUAACCAAAACCAAGAUGUGCCUGGCAGCAUUCGAUAAAGCGAGUAUCAGAGGCCCCUCUCUCUCUCUUUUCCUCGGGCUCCAUAUUUCCCCUUCCUUGCUCUCUCUCGCCCACUCGGUUUCUCCUCUGCUGACGAGGCACAUAUCCAGUAUGUCUGUAGUGAAGUGGUGUAGCUUCUAUUAACACAGCUGCACACCAAGGCAUACGUCCAUCUCUGGGCUUAACCCAGUUAUUUCAAUCCUGCUUCACAUCACAUCUGACCACUUCAAUAGAAUACUGCCCAAAGUCCUCACUGCGCAGCUCCGCAACAGGGCCCUAUUUUCCAGUCUCUAAAGCAUUGGGACAGACAUGUUGGCCUGUCUUUUCCCAGUACAGCUACAGUAUCCUUACCUGACAUGUACACAUGUAAAACCUGGCUUUGCUAUUUCAUUUAUUUCUUGCUGGAACAGAAUAAAAGAAGCUCCUUUUUUUCUCUGUAGGUCGAGGACGGGUGGUUCCCCCGGGGCCUAUGAUCGCAGCUUCAGGUGGAAAUACCACCAGUUCCGCUUCCUGUGCCAUGUAAGUGCUGACUCUCAUAUCUUAGACCUCUGUUAUGAGAACAGGCUCUUACCUCAGUUCACUUCUACUGUUCAGACUCAAGAGAUCUCUUUGUCUGAUGUCUAGUAUUGAUUAAAUACAUUUUUACACUUCUCUCUGCCUCUCCAGUCCAAUGCCUUACCCAGUCACGUGAAAAUCUCAGUGUCCAGACAGACUCUAUUUGAGGACUCGUUUCAGCAGGUAAGAAUGACAUGGAGUCAGUUUACCUACUGAGGAUAUUCUAUUCUAAAUGUUAUGUGAUUAAACUUGCAUGAGGGUUGCUAUUUUUGGUUAUGUAUUAAUUAGUACCACUAUUUGUAUUUUAACAACUGAUAUAUGAUCGUAGGGUGGUAGUUUCUUUUUUGUGAUGUACUGUAUGUGCCUGUGUUUUUUGUUCUAUUUCCUCAGAUCAUGAAUGUGAAACCGUAUGACUUGCGUAGAAGACUCUACAUCAUCAUGAGGGGAGAGGAAGGUCUUGAUUAUGGAGGCAUUGCCAGGUAAGAUGACCGUUUCCUGCCUGCAUGUCUGGCCUGCUGCCUCUUACAACAGUUGUCUUUCUUUCUCCUAGCUGUUAGUCUUCCUUGUCUACCCUGUGUUCCUUACUUAAAUGUCCAUCAUCCAUCAUUCAUCAUCUCCCUCACAGCCCCUGUCUCUUGCACUGUCAUCUGUUGUCUGUGUGUGUUUUGGUGUUUGUGGACUGGUGACAGUGUGUGUCCACCUCUGGUUGGUGUCAGCGGUGGGAUCCCGGGCUUUGUUCCUCCCCCUCCUCCUACUCCUCGUGGUCUGUGUUUGCGUGUGUCUCUGUCUCUGGUGUCGCGCCAGUGGUUUUACCCUAUGGUAGGUUACGUCAUGCUGUUCUACCACAGGGUAGAACCACGGACGGGAUGUUUGGAGGUGUCUGCACAGCCCCGGUAUGACCCCCGGGACUGGCUGGCCGGCCGUGGGGGCAAAGGUCAGGGGCUUGGUGGUGGCCGGGGCUUCAUUCUCUACAUGCAUUUCAUGUUCCACAUUAUACUGCUUGUCUUCAUGGUGUUUUAUGGUGUUUUUUUGUGUUAGUGAGUAUGUAUAUCUGUAUGCCCAUGUGCUUACUGUGUACAUGUAAUGAUUUCAAAUAACAGUUCAGUGAUGGCUCCGUAUUGGACCAUUCCUCAGUACGGCAGUUGCGCUUUCAUUUUUUGCUGACAGAAAAUUGACAUUUGGAAGCCAUUUCUGAGUUUGGUUAUAGAGUUGCUAUAUGAAAAUAGUUUGGGGUGCAGUACAGUUACACCACUUAGUAUGAUGCUAAAUGGAAAUGUCAUGACCAGAAGCAAUAAAGACCUGUUUUUCAGGAGUACACGUUUUUGUUGAAACUGCCGUACCGUGAAUGACCUCCCAUAUGUAGAAUAAUUUGUGAAUUUGAUAUUGUUGUGCUUGUAUUAGUUUUAUUUGUUACAUUUUAGUUGUAUUUGUGCAGGUGUGUGGAGAAACCAGACCCCAUUUUUACAAAGUAUUUUUAAAUUAUACAGUCUAUUUUAACAACCAUGCAACUUGUUUGUGCUGUCAAAAUCACUGAUUGUGUCAUGUUUGCUGCUGUUGUCAAAUGUGUGGUUUUGUAAUGUAUGAAAUACUUUGUAAAAUUCUGCACUACUCUGUUGUCAAUCCAAAAAACGAGUAUGGCAAAAAGUAACAAUUUGUAGCCCUCACACAUAAGCAGAAGGGUAGUUAGCCUGUACACACCCUGCUUUUCCAUGAGGCAAAACAAUGGUCUGUCUCUGAUAGAUAUAGAUGUGUAAUGCCCUGUCUCUCCCCAAUACAGAGAGUGGUUCUUCCUGCUGUCCCAUGAGGUGCUGAACCCUAUGUACUGUCUGUUUGAGUACGCUGGGAAGAAUAACUACUGUCUACAGAUCAACCCCGCCUCCUCCAUCAACCCUGACCACCUCACAUACUUCCGCUUCAUAGGGCGAUUCAUCGCCAUGGUGAGCAAUGCUUCAUUGGCAAAUUUUGCCCAGAUCUGCAACAACAACAAAAGUCAACUACAACAAUAGUUAUGGUUAGAAUUGAAGAACAUAUGAUGAGGAUGUGUAGCACAUAAUGUUUUUUAGGAACAGGAGAGGUGAGGGCAGUGUAUGAGUGUCUGUGGGUGUGUGUUCUUCAUCUGUAAGUCGUUUUAAAGCUAUGUGUCCCUAAACCAAGUGAAUAAGUUUAUUAUACUAAGAACCCUCCCCUCCCCCACCGCCCAUCUUGCCAAACCCAACUCUCUCUGGGACAAUAUCCAGAAGCUACAGGCCCCAAAACCAACAGCACCACCCUCUCAACCCCCUCCCCUCCUCCAGAGCAUGACCUCACUGCCACACAGCCCACACCCGCCAAGAAUGGCCUGUAUUUAGUCUGCUAGCACACUUCAGACAACACCCCUUAUAAAGAUGCUUGUCUCAUAUAGCCCAUGUCUUCUCUCCCUCUUUUCUGGGCUCCUUUUCUCCUCUUUUUCGCUCCCCUCCUCCUGCUCCCCACUUCCCCUCUCUCUCACUUUUCCGUCUCUCUCUCUGCCUCAUGUCCUGUUGCUCAGAGCAGAGGAUGAUGCUAGUACUGACGGUGCAGACUGAACAGACUGUGAGUCACUCAGUGGAGGGUGUCUGUGUUGUUCUUGGACAGAUAUACACUGGGGCUCUGUGGUAUUACAUUAUACAGUCUGGGUCUUAUCCACCGCUUCAGUACUAACUGAAUCAUCAAUCUUUUCCACACAGAGACAGACUUGUGACUGACACUUUAAGUGUUCUGUGUGUGCGUGUGUGGUAACACUUUACUGUGGUUAGGCUAAUAGGCUAUAUCAAAUCAAAUUGUAUUUGUCACAUGCGCUGAAUACAACCGGUGUAGACCUUAUUGUGAAAUGCUUACUUACAAGCCCUUAACCAGCAAGGCAGUUAAAAAAAAAUAAGAAUUAAGAAAAUAUUUACUAAAUAAACUAAACUAAAGUAAAAAAAAUAAUAAUUACACAAUAAAAUAACAAUAAUGAGGCUAUAUACAGGGGGUACCGGUACUGAGUCAAUGUGUGGGGGUACAGGGUAAUUGAGGUAAUAUGUACAUGUAGGUAGGGGUAAAGCGACUAUGCAUAGAUAAUAAACAGCGAGUAGCAGCAGUUAACUGUUCAGCAGUCUUAUGGCUUGUGGGUAGAAGCUGUUAAGGAGCCUCUUGGACCUAGACUUGGCGCUCCGGUACCGCUUGCCGUGCAGUAGCAAAGAAAACAGUCUAUGACUAGGGUAGCUGGAGUCUUUGGCAAUUUUUAGGGCCUUCCUCUGACACCGUCUGUUAUAGAGGUCCUGGAUGGCAGGAAGCUUGUACUAGGCUGUAUACACUACCCUCUGUAGCGCCUUGCGGUCAGAUGCCGAGCAGUUGCCAUACCAGGUGGUGAUGCAGAUGUGUUGCUGCCUACCCUUACCACCUGGGGGCUGCCCGUCAGGAAGUCCAGGAUCCAGUCGCAGAGGGAGGUGUUCACUAAGCUAAGGACCCUGGGACUGAUGAGCUUUGAUGGCACUAUGGUGUUGAUCACUGAGCUGUAGUCAAUGAACAGCAUUCUCACGUAGGUGUUCCUUUUGUCCAGGUGGGAAAGGGCAGUGUGGAGUGCAAUAGAGAUUGCGUCAUCUGUGGAUCUGUUGGGACGGUAUGCGAAUUGGAGUGGGUCUAAUGGUACUGGGAUGAUGGUGUUGAUGUGAGCCAUAUAUGUCUGUAUCUAUGUGUAUUGGCCCAUAGGAGGGAUGACGCUUAUGAUAUAUUUUAGUUUUGGUAUGGUACUUAUUGCAUCCUCCCCUCUCCCUUUUAGGCCCUGUACCAUGGCAAGUUCAUCGAUACUGGCUUCACUCUGCCAUUCUACAAGCGUAUGCUCAAUAAGAAACCCACUCUGAAAGACUUGGAGUCUAUUGACCCUGAGUUCUACAACUCUAUCAUGUGGGUCAAGUAAGUGCACCGCUCCUUUAUUAUGUGUGUGUGAGACUGUUUGAAUGUGGUCGCCCUUGUGGCAAACUGUGUAUGUGAAGAGCCUGAUGGAAGUGUUUUACAUAAUUGUGUAGCUUAAAGCUUUAAUAUGUGUAUAAUGCGUCUGUGUUAUGUCUACAGGGAUAACUGUCUGGAGGAGUGUGGAGUGGAGCUGUACUUUGCUCAGGAUAUGGAGAUUCUGGGGAAGGUGUCCACCCACCAGCUGAAGGAUGAUGGAGAGAACGAGCUGGUCACCGCGGAGAACAAGGAGGAGUAUAUCAGGUCAGCCAUCUCCGUCACUACUUUGACUCCCGUCUGUAUGCCUAUCAAUCCUGUGAUACCUGAGAUUGGUACUCUGCAGACUAGCAUUAAUGUUGUUUCAUGUUGACACUCAAUUUGUUUGAAUAAAUAUCCUCCCUUGUUGCUUAGAAAAUGAAUCCCUGUUUCCGCAGUCUGCUGACGGACUGGCGGUUCAUGCGUGGUGUGGAGGAGCAGACUAAAGCCUUCUUGGAUGGCUUCAAUGAGGUCGUGCCUCUGGAGUGGCUACGCUACUUUGAUGAGAAAGAGCUGGAGGUACGUAAAGGGUCUGGAAGGACAUGCUGGGUUAGCUAGGCAGAGUUAUAGGUUAUGGAGCUUUCACAAAGACUUAUGAGUUGGUAGAGGGGACUAUUUGUUGCAGAUUCCCUCUUUUUGACUGUGGAUUAAUGGUAUGGUCUCAUUCCUUCCUCCAGCUGAUGCUAUGUGGGAUGCAGGAGAUAGACCUCAGUGACUGGCAGAAGAACACCAUCUAUCGGCACUAUACCAAGAACAGCAAGCAGAUACACUGGUUCUGGCAGGUAUGGUGGCCUCUCUUCACAGCAUCUUGUGUGUAUGUGAGACUGUUGAUGACUGUCUAUAUCUCACUAUGUGCAUCCUUGACGUGUCUUACCUGUGUAUUAUGCAGGUGGUAAAGGAUAUGGACAAUGAGAAGCGGAUCCGCCUGCUCCAGUUUGUCACAGGAACAUGCCGUCUGCCAGUCGGAGGCUUUGCUGAACUCAUAGGUGGGUCAUUUCACCAAUACGGUGCCUUUUCAGAUGUGUAACUUGGUGGGGGAAAAAACGUCUGAUUUCACCUAAUUUUACCAUUCUGUCAUAAAGGGCACAUGUUCAACUUAAUAAAAAACACGUUCUCAAGAGGUUAAAUAAAAGAAAUACUAUACUAAGUGUAUAUUAAGUGCCAAAUAAAGUAACAGGGUUGACAAUUAUGUCUUAAAUCAGCCAUAGAUCCCCUUGUGACAGGGGGAAUGGAAGCUUGUUGUGUGCAACAGGAAGGGACAAUUGGAUGCAAGUUUCACAAAACAAAUGUACAGUGGGGAAAAAAAGUAUUUAGUCAGCCACCAAUUGUGCAAGUUCUCCCACUUAAAAAGAUGAGAGAGGCCUGUAAUUUUCAUCAUAGGUACACGUCAACUAUGACAGACAAAUUGAGAGAAAAAAAUUCCAGAAAAUCACAUUGUAGGAUUUUUAAUGAAUUUAUUUGCAAAUUAUGGUGGAAAAUAAGUAUUUGGUCACCUACAAACAAGCAAGAUUUCUGGCUCUCACAGACCUGUAACUUCUUCUUUAAGAGGGUCCUCUGUCCUGUAUUAAUGGCACCUGUUUGAACUUGUGAUCAGUAUAAAAGAAACCUGUCCACAACCUCAAACAGUACAUGUCCAGGCCCGUCUGAAGUUUGCUAGAGUGCAUUUGGAUGAUCCAGAAGAGGAUUGGGCGAAUGUCAUAUGGUCAGAUGAAACCAAAAUAUAACUUUUUGGUAAAAACUCAACUCGUCGUGUUUGGAGGACAAAGAAUGCUGAGUUGCAUCCAAAGAACACCAUACCUACUGUGAAGCAUGGGGGUGGAAACAUCAUGCUUUGGGGCUGUUUUUCUGCAAAGGGACCAGGACGACUGAUCCGUGUAAAGGAAAGAAUGAAUGGGGCCAUGUAUCGUGAGAUUUUGAGUGAAAACCUCCUUCCAUCAGCAAGGGCAUUGAAGAUGAAAUGUGGCUGGGUCUUUCAGCAUGACAAUGAUCCCAAACACACCGCCCGGGCAACGAAGGAGUGGCUUCGUAAGAAGCAUUUCAAGGUCCUGGAGUGGCCUAGCCAGUCUCCAGAUCUCAACCCCAUAGAAAAUCUUUGGAGGGAGUUGAAAGUCCGUAUUGCCCAGCGACAGCCCCAAAACAUCACUGCUCUAGAGGAGAUCUGCAUGGAGGAAUGGGCCAAAAUACCAGCAACAGUGUGUGAAAACCUUGUGAAGACUUACAGAAAACGUUUGACCUGUGUCAUUGCCAACAAAGGGUAUAUAACAAAGUAUUGAGAAACUUUUGUUAUUGACCAAAUACUUAUUUUCCACCAUAAUUUGCAAAUAAAUUCAUUAAAAAUCCUACAAUGUGAUUUUCUGGAAUUUAUUUCCUCAUUUUGUCUGUCAUAGUUGACGUGUACCUAUGAUGAAAAGUACAGACCUCUCUCAUCUUUUUAAGUGGGAGAACUUGCACAAUUGGUGGCUGACUAAAUACUUUUUUCCCCACUGUACAUUGUUAAAAUAUUUCUAGCCUGUCUAUCUAAUGGGUAAACAGGGUUGACGUGUUAUGCUCAACCCACUUAGUUUUCCACCACAAAACACCAGAAAAUCGGCAAAAAGCUCACCUGCUUUCACAGUAUUAGACUGUUUCUUUUUUCACCAUAUUAAAAUGAGAGUUCAGAUCAAGUAACGGAGUUGACCUUAAAAUUGGGGACAUGUUAUUUUUUAUCACUGAAUGAAUCACUAAUCACAUUAAAUGAAUAAUAAUCUUCAGAAAUGACUUUGUCAAAGCAACAAAAUAACUAGGGCUUUACAAUGGUGGUGAAAACUUGGAUACAUUUUGGGGUUAAGUGGGUUAAAAUCUUCCUGGAACCAUGCACGGAGGGACAUGUCAAAAUGCUGAAUUUUGGCACUUUAGCUAAUCUUUAUUCAUAUAAAAAAAUCAGAUUAAUUGAAUUCUCCACUGCCUGCCGUUGUGCCCUUGAGCGAGGCACUUAACCACCCACAACAACUGCUCCACGGGCACCCAGUAUGGCAGCCCCCAGCUCCAACCUCUCUAACCUGUAUAUAUAUGUGUUUCUUUCGGAGGGGUUGAAAUAAAGCUGAAGUCAAAUUUUGGAUGGACGUUGUGUACAAUUGACGAAUAAAGUAAUUGUAAUACAAUAACCACCUUCUUCACUGUCAAAUGUCUUUUGACAGAAAUGUAAUUCCCUGCCCAAGAAUCUAACAUGGUCUCUCUUCCCCUUAGGGAGUAAUGGACCACAGAAAUUCUGUAUAGACAAGGUGGGGAAGGAGACUUGGCUUCCAAGAAGCCACACCUGGUGAGACUGACAUUUUCCUCAAUUCCUCUGCCAUAGUUGAUUUAUCGUUCCCAUGACAACAUCCAUUACUUUUGUAUCUAUGAAUGUACCCCUGCUAACCACAAAUGUAUCCCUCACUGUCUCUUUUCUUUUCAUCUCGAACACUCACACAGCUUCAAUCGUCUGGACCUGCCGCCCUACAGGAGUCUGGAGCAACUGAAAGAGAAACUUCUGUUUGCCAUUGAGGAGACUGAAGGAUUCGGGCAGGAAUAA